AAGUAAGUAAUAAGCCUUCACUAAACCAGACAAGGAAAAGCAACUCUUUGGUUCUUAAAGUAUCUUAUAUAAAGCCAAGUCAUCGUUGCAAAGAAAAGAGUGCCUUAUAUGCAAGUUCUUUAAACAAUGAAUGCUAGCUUGCAUUGCAUUUCAGUCUUAGUUAUGGUGACAUUUUUGUCGAUAUCUUUCGUUGGAUGCCUCAAGAAUGAUAAGAAAUAUCACAGAAACAAGGUAGAAGAGUGUGAUAUCUUCGCAGGAGAAUGGGUUUUGGAUAACAAGACACAUCCUUUAUACAAAGAAGAUGAAUGUGAGUUUCUGUCACAGUGGUCUGCCUGCCUGAAGAAUGGAAGGCCUGACUCUCUGUACCUGAAUUGGAGAUGGCAACCCAGAGAGUGUUCUUUGCCCAAGUUUAAGGCAAAACAUUUGCUGAAGAAACUCAAGGGAAAGAAGCUUAUGUUUGUUGGAGACUCUAUACAUAAUAACCAGUGGCAAUCUUUGGUUUGCUUGGUAGAAUCAGCUGUCUCACCAAGCCAGAAGAGCGUGGACUACUCAGGCUACCCACAAGUCUUCAGAAUUAAGAAAUAUAAUGUUACAAUAGAAUUUUACUGGGCACCAUAUCUAGUUGAAUCAAGUGUAGACCCUCCAAAGUUUAGGGAUGGCAAAACAACUGCUGUAAUAAUGGCUGAAUCAAUUGCAAAGCAUGGAAAUAACUGGAAAGAUGCAGAUUAUCUAAUCUUCGACUCAUAUGCUUGGUGGAUCAAGCAUCCCACAGUCAGAGUAUUGCAAGGAUCGUUUGAAGAAGGAGACACAAAGUAUGUUGAGAUCGAAAGGCAUAUAAUAUUUGAGAAAGUUUUAAGGACAUGGGCCAAUUGGGUGGAGGAAAACAUUGAUCAUAAACGCACUUCUAUUUUCUUUAGCAGUGCAUCACCUCAACAUUACAGGAGCUUGGACUGGAACAACCCAAAUGGAGUUAACUGUGCAAGCGAGACUACACCAAUUCUGAGCACAUCAAUGCCAAUAAAUGUGGGCACAGACAGGCAAAUAUUCUCAAUUGCAGCAGAUGUGAUUAGAUCAAUGAAAGUAAAAGUCCAUUUCCUCAACAUAACAAGCCUCUCAGAGUACAGGAAAGAAGCACAUCCUUCUGUUUACAUUAUUCAAGAUGGUAAACUUCUUACACCGAAGCAGAAAUCUAAUCCAGCCAAGUAUGCAGAUUGUGUUCAUUGGUGUAUCCCAGGGCUCCCUGAUACGUGGAAUGAAUUGCUCUAUGCGUACAUUGUAACACAUUCUUGACUUCACUCGUAAAUUCAAUCAUAUGUGUAGCUUCACAACAGAAGCUUUCUGUUGAGAAGCUUUCGGUCAAGAAAUGAUUAUACAGGUGAACUGAGAAAUUAAUUUAUAAAAAUUAGUUCGUUAUUA